AUGGCUUCUCAGAUUGUCGACUCAGCAUGGAAAGUGAUUCCUAUGUUUGAGUCUCGUUCGAUCCCUCUCACGGUUGAAUUUUACACUAAGAAACUCGGAUUCGAACUUGCUAGCGUCAAACCAGAAGACGGUGAAUCCGAUCUGUUUUUCUGCUCAAUGUUCAUUGGCAAGAAGGCGGACGCGAACUUCUAUUUCUCCAAAGUGACCACUGAAAACUUCAAGCCGUCUCAGGCGAUGGUCGGUCUAGGGACUUAUGAGCUCGAUGAAUACUACUCCUAUUUGAAAGGUCAAACUGGCGUGCAAAUCGCUGAGGAUAUCGAAGACAAACCAUGGGGGUUCCGACAAUUUACAAUCAGGGACAACGAUGAAAACCUUCUUACGUUUUUCAAAUUUCUGGAAGGAGGAAACCCAGGCGAGGAAUGA